AUGGCAGGCGAACGUUUACGUGCAUAUAACAAUUUUCAUGCAUCAGUUAAUGCAAAACUGCCAACGUUUUUGAUAGGAGUUGGUAACCAAUCACAUAACUUUUGUUGGACUAUGCAGAGCUGUGAUAUUCCUGGACCGAGUAGUGCUCCAGAUUCAAGUGAAUUAAGUGGCGGGAGUAUAGUUCGAUAUCGCCCUACUCAAGUAGAGUCAUUUACAGAAAGGUGUAACGAUUUUGAAGAAAAUCCCGUAUUAACUCAACUCACACAAAUUGUUAGCAAUAAUGAUGUAGCUAAUGAUCACUCCGGUAUGUUAUUUCACAACAAGAAGGAAAUGAAAGGCGCAGUGAGACAAUAUUGUCUGAAAGAAAAGAAAGAGUUCAUUUGUGAUCAGUCCAAAGGUAAAUUUUGGAGGGUUAUUUGCAAGCGUCAUAUGUUGGGAUGUGAGUGGAUGAUCCGUUUUAGAGAAAUUUCAAGUGGUAUGUGGAAGGCAGGCAAAGCGGAUCUCCACCACAGUUGUCUCACGGAUGAUUACAGAAAGGAUCAUUUCAAUUUGAACAGUCACCUAAUUGCUACUACGUUGAUACCAUAUAUUAUGGUCGAUCCAUAUAAGUCAGUGCAGGAAAAAAUAAAAGGAUUGCAUUUGUUUACUCCUAGUUAUAGAAAAGCACAAAAGGGGUGUAAGAAAGCUAUUGAAAUGGUAUUUGGUGAUUUUGAAACCUCUUUUAAGACAUUGCCCCGAUACAUGGCUGCCUUAAAAUAUUUCAAUCCGGGGACCGUUGUUGAGUGGGAGCACGAAUCAACUACAAUGCAAGGUGAACACAUCUUCAAGUUUUUUUUCUGGGCUUAUAAACCAAGCAUCGAUGGAUUCAAAAGUUGCAGGCCUGUCAUCUCAAUAGACGGUACUCAUCUGUACGGUAAGUAUGAGAUGAAACUGCUAAUUGCUGUUGGAAUUGAUGCGAACAAUAACAUUUUUCCACUUGCAUAUGCUAUUGUUGCACGUGAGAGCUUUGAGUCUUGGACGUGGUUCCUUGUGUUGUUGUGGAGACAUACUGUUCGUGAGAGACAAGGAAUUGGACUUAUUUCUGACCGUCAUCAGGGCAUCUUGCAAUGUGUCCAAACACAUGAUUGGUUACAACCACCAUCCACACACCAUAGGUUUUGCGUUCGGCAUUUGAAAAGCAACUUCAAUAAAAAGUUCCUCAACGGUGACCUUGAGAACCUAAUGUGGUUGGCGGCUACGAGCACCGAAGAAGAAAUAUAA